UGUGAGGGCGUGGUGGAGUGCUACAGUGUGUUGUGACUGAAAGGGCGUGUAUUGUGGAGAAAAAACACAGUGAGAGUUGUGUGCGCUACAACACGAGGCAUGAGCGACCUGGAAGAGGAGUCGUCCCUGGUUGACGACGACGACGACCAGGACGCUGACCACGCACCAGAUGCCUCAAGCCAGAACGAACAGGCGGAUGGGCCAGAUGAAACGGGAAACGAGGAUGAUGAGGGAGAGGAGGUGGCGCUGCCCUCCCCACCACCGUCACACCCUCCAGGUGGAGGACCAUCAUGGGAGGCGGUGUUCAAGACUCUUGGGCCCGACCAUCCACUGCUAAGACGCUUCCAGGAGGCCAAAAACAAGCAGCUCUUGGAGGAGAAGAGUCAGCUGCAGCUGCGACUCAGACAACUGCGCCAGCAGACUGAAGACCUGAGGCAGGACAACGUGUCGCUUGGCGCUCAACUCUUCGGCGUGCAGCAAGCAGUGACCCGAGCACAGGUGAACCUGGACAAGGCGAAGGCUGAGAGGCGGAGGACGAGGCAGGCAGUGCAGGCCGCCCAGGACACACUGCUGCAGGCAAGGGAAGAGGAGCGUACCCUGAUGGCUGCACUUAACAACGCCAGGAAGCACGAGGCGGAGGUCGGGCGUGAGGUUGGGCGGCUGGGGUCGCGGGUGGCGGCGGUGAAGGCGGCGAGGACUGAGAGUGAGGGGGACAUCACCACCCUCACUCGUGCCAUACACAACACGGCCUGGGACAGGGCCAACCUGGAGAAGGACAAGAUGGCUCAGGACAUGUUAGUGGAGCGGGUGAGGGCGGCGGUGGAGAGGGAGAGCGCCACCCUGGCUGCCCUCCACACCACCACCAGGGAGCAGAGAGACCUCACACACGCCCUCCACACACGUGCCAGGCUACAGCAACAGGAACUCUUGCAACUUGAGAGUGAGAGCGUGGGCGUGCGGCGGGCCUGGGAGACCAACGUUAUCAUGCUACAGCGACGCUCGCAGGAACAAGCCCUAGUCCGCCAACACCUACAUGAGCUCCUUGCCCAGCAAGCCGGUCUCCGAGCCCAGGUGCACAACACUGGGAAGGCGGUGAAGGAUGAGCAGCUGCUUCACGAGCAAGACUCCCUCAGGUUGUUAUCCCUGGAGCGUGACGUCACCAAACAAAAACAGCGGCUGGCGGUAGCCAGGGAAGAAACGCAGCAGCUGGUGGAGCGUCACGAGGCGCUCUCUCUUGUUGUGGACCAGCUGGAGGCCAGCUGCCAGGAGAAGCACAAGGAGGUGAAGGAGGAACUACGGAGACUAGAGCGAGUGUACGGACGGCUUCAAGCGGCCACUAUGCGCCACCGGCGACUGGAAGAUCUUGCCCUCGACAAAGUGGGCGAGCACACCGCAGCCUCCAGGGCAACGCUCAACUUGCGGAGGCGCGUCUCCGACACCAGGGUCAUGUGCCGCAAGCUGGAGGACGAGCUGGUGGAGCGGGAGCGGAGUGCGGCCGAGGCAGCCCUGAUGGCUUCCGACGGGCGAGCAGCAGUCAUCACCCUCACCACCACCAGGGACACGCUCACCACAGUGGUAGACCAACUCAACGCUGACGUUGCCAGGUAUGAGGCAGACCUGAGGAAGGGGCAGGAGAGGCUCAGCGCCAACCAGUGCUGUGUGGACCGACUCAACAAGGAGCUGGCCAAGGUUCUCAACCUCACUGGGGGAAGUGAGGGACCUCCGGCCGAGCGUGAGGAGCGCCGUCUACGACUCCUGCUGGAGGACCGAGAGAAGGAGAGGAAGGCCCUGGAGGAGGAAGCCCUCACCAUGCAGUGCCAGCUGCUGGAGACCCGGGAGGCGAGGGACACCCUUGCCAAUACCUCCUCGCUUCUACACCAAGAGUUGAGUGUGUUGCGGAGUCGGCAGGCGCGGUUGGAGGGCGAGGUGGGGCGUGAGCGCGGCGCCCUGAGGGAGGCGCAGCAACGGCAGGAACGGCUGCACCGGGCUGUGGCCACGCUGGACGCCAGGCUUCAUCAGGAGAAGCAGACGAGGGAGGCCACCACCCGCGAAGCCCACGCUGCAGAGGCUCUGCUCUUGGCCAACCUGCAGGAGCUGGAGAAGGAGGUGGCGAGGAAGGAAGGGGAGGUCGAGCACCUGAGGGAGAAGAAAGAAGAGGUGGAGGGGCAAGUGCUGGAGGCGACGCAGGAGCGAGCACAGCUGGAGAGGGUACUGGUGGAGCUACGUGACGCCAGGGACGCUCUGAGGAAGGAAACUGGAGUCGAGGGUGAUCUGCACGCCAUGAGGACGGAGAUAACCCGCAUGCAGGCUCGGUGGCGCACACUGGAGGCGACGCAGAAGGAGUUAUCUGGCCAGCUGGAGCAGAGUGUGAGCGUGGAGGGGGCCCUGAAGACCCGCACUCUGGCUACCGUGGAGAAGCUCAGGCGUGACCCCAACUCCGCCAAGGCCACCAGACUGAUGCACGAAGACAUCCUCAAGAGGAAGAUGGCGAAGGCUGGGCGGAGACUGCGAGAGCUGCAGGCGGCGACGGAGGCAGCGAGGGAAGAGCGAGGUCGUCUGGAAGAGGAAGGGCAGCGCAAGGAAAGGCUUUACUCCCAAAAGGUCCGCCUCCUGCAGGACGCCGCUACGCACCUCGAGGAGAGACUCGUCAAGAAGCAGGAGGAGCAGCUGCACCUACAGGAGUGGCGCGCGAGGCUGCGACACCUGACGGCGCUGCGGGAUGGGCGAUACAAGACGCUGGCAGCGGCGGGAGAGGAGGCGCAGCAGGCUCUGAGGUCGAGGCUGGUGACGCGGGCCCACGCCUACACGGGCGUGGUGACGCAGCUGGAGGCCAGCUACCCUCAGAUGGAGGUCAAGCUCAGGAACAUUAAGGGUCUCCUACAGAACUUCCUAGAGUGAGGAAGCUGUGAAGGAAGAAGAGCUUGGCCAAUCAAAGCACUACACACGAGGCAUACUUCACGCCAUACCAGCUAUGUCAUAGUAACCUCCUCGCCCCUUCUGCAGUGUGAUUGUGGUUGGUAAUGUAAGCUGGACUAGUCCAGCCAAGUUACAUUCUUCUCCUUCACAUUAAAAUCGUCUAUAAAAUAGUUGUAACUGCAGUAGCAUUAUUUAGCAUCGUCCAAGACACGUGUUGCCAGGUACUGGAACAAUUUCCAGUGUUUGGGUACCACAAAAUUUACUAUUGGUACUCAUUGUACCUCUCAUAUGUAUUGUGAGGCGAUAAUACAACCUUGGAGCACAGUACUGUGAGAGUAGCGGCAUGAAGAACACUUCAGAAGGUAUGAAGAUCACAACAACACAACAGGUUUGCCAAGACAGCUGGGUUGGGUGGUGUAAUGGUGCUUUAUAGUUUAACUAAAAAUCAGCAUUUUUCACGUUGGAGUAAAUUGCGAGAAAAAAAUUGGUGUGUUAAUUGGGAGGACAGAUUGCUGGGGGUGACGAGACGUCGUUAUCUUGAGGUUAUCUUGAGAUGAUUUCGGGGCUUUAGUGUCCCCGCGGCCCGGUCCUCGACCAGGCCUCCACCCCCAGGAAGCAGCCCGUGACAGCUGACUAACACCCGGGUACCUAUUUUA